GGGCGUCCGCGCACCGCGUCGUGCUUCGCUUCACGGCCGCGUCAGCCACGUAGAGAACGUCGGGACGACCCGCAUCAUGGACGUCGUCUUCGUCGCCAUCACUCAUACGGUCGAUCUCUAACGAAGCGCUCCCGGUACUCGAUUCGUUCGCGAUGUUCAUCGCGAGCGCGUGUUCAUAGACGCUCGGGGACGAUCCGCGGUGCGACCCCGCGAGGACGAUCCGUGCUUAAUCGCGGCCGCCCGUGCCGCGCUCGCUUCCGGUAAUCGAUCGGCGGCAGCGGCGGCGACGGCGGCAUUCGCGUAUUACGCGAUCAGGACGUCAAGAUGGGCUCUAUAGUGCUCAAGUCGCUCUCGGUGCUGCUCGGCAUAUUCUUCGUCUUCGUGGGCACGAUGAAGCUCACGUCGCACAUCAGCAAGGACCUGCACAAGGAUCUGAGAAAAGAAUAUGUCAAAUAUGCAAAAGUGUUUCCGCUCUCGGGCACGCUCGAUUUCAAAGUGCCCAGCAAAUGGUAUCGAAGAGUCGUCGGCUCACUCGAGAUCAUCUGUGGCCUCGCCAUGGCAAUUAUUCCAAGUCAUAAAAUAAAGAACUUAUCGAACACAGUACUGCUUCUCUUGAUGCUGAUGGCCGUGUACUCUCACUAUAUGGUCAAUGACAAAUUCGAGAGGAUCGCCCCGGCACUAGUAUUCUUUUUUAUGCUGACGGGACGGCUAGUGAUCGACUGGCAGCUGAGGCGAGAAGACACGCGGUCGGUCACGGCGAACGGCGUGGAUGACAAAGUCAAGAAGCAAGACUGAACGGGAUCACGAUCGCAGAAUGCGUCGUUCGUUUCCACAUUAGCCCACUUGAUUCCACAAUUUUGCAUCUGGAACAGUGAUUCCGGGAAACAAUUUAUUUAUAUAUAUAUAUAUAUAUAUAUAUAUAUGUAUCUCAAAAUGUACUCUCUCGUUACCUCAAAAAUGUACUUUUACCUUAAAAUCCAGUCCUCGUUUUUUUUGUUUUUUUUUUUUUCAUUUCUUCUCAAAUAUGUAAACGCAUAAAACAAUUAUAUAGUAUCUAAAGAGAGAGAUACAAAACUGUUAGAAGGGAUCAUGUGGGUUAAACCUGUAUAAAGUGUACAUCCCCGGAAGUGGAAGCGAGAUGAGGGACGAAUAAUUUAAUUACGGUGAUCAUUUGUAAUGCGAAUGAAGUGAGAUGAAUUUUCGUUGCACUCUAUGUCUAUGUCUAUCUCUAUUUUGCGCACAUUGCAGUAUGGUUUGCCGACUGAAGGAAAACGUCGUUAAAUCGCGAUAAGAUUCUGCAAGUACAACAGAAAUUACGCAUAAAAGCAAUUCUAGUCUUGUAUCCAUGCCUUUUUUUAUCGUUGAUCCAGAUUAUUCAACAACAAAUAUAUGUACGAAUUUUCAGUGCUGCAAUUCGAUGACCGAUGAAUAUUGUUUUCGCUUGUUGAAGAUAGUGAUUGAUCCCGCGAUAUUGAUCCAUUACGACACCAUCGCAUCAAUGUCGAUUGUCGCUGGCGAUCGUUAAGAAAGUUAUCUCUCUCUAUUUAUAUUACGGUUAGGACAAUGAUAUAAAGAAAUAUAAAUAAAGAAUCAACAAGAUAGCCGACUGACACCAGUGAAAUAAGAAAUAAUAAUAUUAGGAGUAAGUCAACUUGUUUAACUUAUUCCGAUUGAUAGUUCUCUGCUUCUUUUAAUCCCUUCAACAACUUUAUAACGUAGCAGCUAUCACAGUGCGCAGUUAUUUAAUACAAUAUGCUGUAAUAUAAGCAAGUAUAUAUAUAUAUAAUAGAAAUAACGGAAAUAUAUAAAUGGUUAUAACGUGGAUUGCUAUAAUACAAAGAAUAAAUCCUAGAGAUAUUGUAACAGUUAUGAUAUACAUAUAAUAUAAGAACUAAACAUGAUAUAAAGACGACUAACUAGUAUGAACAGAGAAAGAAAAUUGAAUUCGCCACGUAAAACAUUGAUUGACAUUGAUGCGAUCAGUCCUCAGUGACGCUAGCUUAAGCACGAGGUACUAACUGCCAUUUGAAUGAAUGUGUUCUUAUAUAUAUAUGUGUUAUGUGAGCGAAUCCUAUGUGAAUGUAUGGAUAUACAGAAAAUAUCUCUGAUAGUAACAGGGACACAUACCGUGUGAUUUAGCAUUAAUUUAUUUCUUGAAGCGUUUUGCGUGUGAUCGGACGAUUUGAUAAAUAAAACCAAAGCUAAAAUUGUCAA